AUGCGCUACAGAAUGGGAGCGGCAGGCCUUCUGCGUCUGCGCGACGAAAACCCAUCUUCUCGCUCCUCCUCAGCACGUGGCCCUCGCUCCAAACUCUUCAUGACCUCCAAUGGUGGCGCCUUCAUGCCCAUUCCAGGAGAGCCGCCUGGCUACCAGCAAACACAGCUGCCGGCGCACCUGAGCUGGAGGCUGCUCUUCCUGCGGCGCCCGCUCUACCGCAACCUGCUGCGCUCGCCCAACCCCGAAGGCAUCAACAUUUAUGAGCCCGCCCCUCACAUUGGCCCUACCUGGCAACCCCUGGAGGCUCUCGGCAAUUUCAAAGGGUGGUUCAUUAAAACGGAGCAACUGCAGCAGGACCUCAGCUGGAUGGUGAAGCAACAGUGCGUGGACCUCCUGGCGGAGGGCCUAUGGGAGGAGCUGAUGGACGAUGAGCAGCCGGACAUCACUGUCAUGGACUGGUUCGAGGACAGUCGCCUGGACACCUGUGUCUAUGAGCUGCACGUCUGGCUGCUGGCUGCUGACCGCCGCAGCGUCAUCGCCCAACACCACGCGGCCCCCCGAGUCUCCCGGAGAGGCUGUCCCGGAUGCUGGGUCCAGGUGUCCCACGUAUUCCGCCGUUACGGUUCCGGCGUGCGCUUCAUCCACUUCAUGCACAAGACCAAGAACCGGAUGGAGGCUGGCGGGCUGCGAAGGACCAGGGUGACCGACUCAUCCGUGUCCGUGCAGCUGAGGGAGUGA